AUGGAGUGGGUCAAACAGCGCAAGCUACCACCCUGUGAGGCUAUUUGCAAUGGCGAUCAGCCUUGCCACGAUAUGGACGACCUCUGGGACACCCUGCACGGCACGUACAACUCGGCCUCUGGCCGCGAGUACGACGCCUCAGUCUUAGACGAGCUUCCCGGCGAGCUGGUCCAUGAGACCGGACCACGUUUCCAGACUAGCGCACUGGCUUUUGACAUCGCGCAGUUCUUCCCUUCUAUUAACCAUGAGAUGUUCAUGGCUGUAAUCCGCAAGCAAGGGUUCUCCCCGGUUCUGGUGGAGUUCUUUGCCUCUUAUCUUGUUGGUCAUUCCACAGUCUAUUGUUGGAACACCUUCCAAUCCAACUCGCGGUCUGCGGACAUGGGCGUCAGGCAGGGCUCAGCUCUCUCGCCUGUUAUCUCUGGGCUGUUCAUUGCUCCGGUAAUGAAGCUCUUCUACAUCAAAGCGGUGCCACUCAACAUGACGCUGCUGUCCUUUGUGGAUGAUGGGACCAUUCUGGCCCAAUCCAAACAACUCGAUGAUAAUAAUGUGGGCCUGCGUAAGGCCUACAAGAUUAUCUACCUCCUCUUUGUUGCUUUUGCGCUCGUUCUUGAACAUGACAAGACCGAGCUGUUUCACUUUUCGCGUCGACGAGACGCCUACAAUCCUUCACUGGAUUUGGGGUACGCCCCGCACACCGGUGCUACACCUUUGAAGCCCAAGACCUAUUGGAGGUACCUGGGCUUCUACUUUGACCGCGGGCUUACGUUUCAGGAACAUGUCCACUACUAUGCCACCAAGGCAUUCACCACUGUGCAGGCCAUGCACAUGCUCGGGAACUCCACUAGAGGUCUCUCGCCUAAACAGCACCGCCUCUUAUAUCGAUCGUGUGUGGUUCCCAUUGCCACAUACGGUUAUCGUCUCUGGUAUUUCGACAGCGCCCGUAAUAAGGGCGCGAUGAACCAGCUAAAACGGAUGCAGCGAAAAGCUGCCCUAUGGAUCACGGGUGCCUUCCGCACCUCCCCCACUGGCGGUCUUGAGGCCCUUGCUGGCCUCAUCCCCGUUCAUCUCAUGCUGAAGAAGCUGGCGACGCGCGCAGUGUAUCGCGUCGCUACCCUCUCAGACACUCACCCUCUUCGCUCCAUGAUGGGCGAGGGACUCCUUAAGCGAGCUGCACCACAUGCCCGCUCAGCUGCCUUGAUGACCCCAGCCAUGCGAGGGAAAGUCAUGAGCACCAUUAUGGAGGUGGAUGAGCGCGUCCACACCUUAACUGAGAGCUUUGAGCCCUUUGCGCCUGAAGCUCGCCCAGGUGAUCGGUUACUGGACCGCUUUGCGGACCGUCUCCACUUUGACAAGCGUGAUCCUGCCCAGGAUAGGCGACCAUAUCUAGACGAGCUCAUUGCGAGAGCGAGGGCCAACCCUCUAACAGUACUGGCUGCGACUGAUGGCUCUGUCCCUCAGUCCAACCAGUAUCAGGCAGCUUCGGCUGCUAUAAUCUACAAGGGACAUCGCGAGCUCGAGAGGACUUGCUAUGUCUCUGGCAGAGUUACCGCCCCUGAUGCGGAACUCAAUGCCAUCUCGUAUGCAGUGCGCCUUGCUGUCAAGCAGGCAAACUGCCAACAUAUUAUGGUCUUUACCGACUGCAUGGGCUCAGCCCAUAGAGCGGUCGACCCCGGCGUGCACUCUGGUCAAGCUUUUAGCCUGUCAGUUUGUCGCGCUCUUCAAGAGUGGUUUGAGGCGGAUGAUCUCCGCCGCAUUACCUUUGUUUACAUUCCAUCUGCUUUGCGGUGGGAUAUCCAUGGUGAGGCACACAAGUACAUCACCGAACUCAAAGUCAGGGUUGGACGUCGCAAGACGGACAACUCUAUAGACGCGCUGAUGUGCCUACGGUGGGGUGAUCGUGCGAAUAAGGAAUGA